GAUAAAUUUCCAAUAACGCUUCAUCCUGUCGACCAAGUUACGUUUUUAUAUAGCAUUACGAUUUUAGAUGAUCUGUCACUUCCAAAAUUGUCUUCACAAUUUUGUCCUACGCCACAACCUCACUCUAGACCAACAUCCCGUCGCACCUCUGUAUCAUCAGUAUUUUCAAUCACCUCUGGUUCACCUAUUACAGAAGAGCGUCAGCGUCAUGUUUCAAUCGUUGCAAGAGGAUCACCGAUUCUUGAUGGGACAAAGUGUCGGAGCAUCGAGUCAAGGUGGAAUUGCAUGCUAGAUCUAACUAAUCUACGGAGACGUGAAGAUUCUUUGCCAUUACCUAUGCCAAAUCAAAAACCCUUAUCACAAAACGCAAAAGCGGGACAAUCUAGGGGCAACUCUUUAUUUUCACCCACUGGUUCAUCAACACCAACCAAUUUUAAAGGGUUCCAUUCAGCCUUGGACUCUAAUGGAAAAGUUAAAAAACCAGCAAACCUUCCCACCAUACCUGACAACAAUGCGAUUGGUAAUGGUAUUCUUACUGGAGGCAGAACUCCUAUGACAUCCAGACCUAUGGAGAUGGAAGUUGGUGAUGGUGUUGUCGUUUCCUUUUUGGUCAGCUCAAAGGUUGUUUUAGGUAAGCUGUUCACAAUACAUAUUUUCUUCGUCAAUAGAUCAAAGCACGUAAGAAGAUUUACUGUGGUGGUGCCCAAUAAAAAACGUCCAAAUGAGAAAGCGAUCAAACACAUAUCCAUACCGUCAGCAACAGUAAAAGUACAAAAUUCAGCCGCCGAACUACUUAUAAGUGGUAGUCAAGCAAAUCAACUAGAACCAUUUAUGGAAGAAUCUGAUUUCAUAAGAAAAUAUUUGGAACAUGAAACACCAGAUUCUGAUAUUAUUUGUUUAGAAAAUAAUGUUCGAAUCGGGCCAUUGAAUCCUUCAACGUGCGAAUCAGUUGCAUUACAUUUCAUUGCUAUCAAAGAAUCAAUGCAUAUUAUUGAUUUAGUUCAACUUGUGGAUAAUGAUACUGGCUUCAUAACAAAUCUUAGAAAUGUUUUGGAAAUUUAUGUUGCAAAGCCAGUUACAUCCAAAAAGGGCAAAAAAAUGAUUGAUAUUGCAGGUGGUGGUAUGGAAGUACAGAUAAAUAAAUUUCUUGGAAAUAAUAUUCGACGUACUCAUUAUUAUUGUAUGGUGUAG